AUGGUCGUCGCGCGAGCCGGGCGCGUCCUCGUGCAAGACACGUGUGUCCUCGUGCAAGGGCGUUGUCGUGGAUCCUGGUGCGAGGCCUCGGGGUGUCUUUGUUGGUCCUCGUGCGAGGCACUGCCCCAACCGACCCCAUUGCCCAUCCCAGUGCCCCCAACCAACCCCAUUGCCCAUCCCAGUCCCACCAGCCCCGACCCCCCCCCAACCCUUGGGGCUCCGUCCCGUCUCCGCAGGUCGACGCCGGAGCUGCGCAAGGAACGUUCCCGGGACGCGGCGCGGUGCCGGCGCAGCCGGGAGACCGAGGUGUUCUACCAGCUGGCGCACACCCUGCCCUUCGCCCGCGGCGUCAGCGCCCACCUGGACAAGGCGUCCAUCAUGCGCCUCACCAUCAGCUACCUGCGCGUGCACCGCCUGCUGGCCGCCGGGCCAUGGGCGGCGGCGGCGGAGGAGGUGGACGUGUGCUACGCACGGGCGCUGAGCGGGUUCCUGAUGGUGCUGAGCGAGGGGGGGGACAUGAUUUUCCUGUCCGAGAACGUCAGCCGCCUGCUGGGGCUCGGCCAGGUGCGUGCGUGCACGCGCGUGUGA